GAAACUUAAGCAAGUAGAACCAGACUUAUAUCGAUCUUUUGACGUUUUAAGUAAUUUAAAAUAAUUGUUAUUUCAAUUAUUGAGGGAAAAGUUUUGUAUUCUAUGUUUUUCGCAAUCGAAAUUUAAAUAUUGCAAAUGAAAUGCAUAGAUGAAUGCAACUAAUGAAAAUACGUCGAUUAAUCUGUUUUGCAGUAAAAAUUGCAUUUUAUACAUUUUAAUGGUGGGGGUAGAUAACAGAUACUCCCAAAGCCAACCAUUUCUUUCCAUAAUUGGAAGUGACUGAAGACAACCAUUUUUAACGGGAUUUGUGUUCUAUACUUUAUAUGCUUAUGGUCUGCUCAGGAGUGUGUGAUAAUUGAUAAUAAUCAAUAUAUUGUAUAUGGAUACGUGUCAUACACGUGUCUUCCUUUAAAAAGAAUUAGACAUUAAAUUGAAAUUUUGUUAAUUUAUCAACUGAGUAUUUAGUUUACUUAUUACUUAAUUUCACAAUUAAAUACAAUAUGAAAAGUUUAAUAGUGAUAUAUCCUAUUUUAUUUGUAAAUAUUUUUGUCAAGUCUGCAGAAAUUGAUAGUAAGCUUGUAAGAUGUUUGGUUUGUAGAGCAACUAUGAAAGAAAUUGAAGCAGAAUUAGCAAAAAUCGAUCCUUCAAGAGAAAUUGAAAUAGGAAACUAUAGAUUAGAUGCACAGGGAAAUGUAAUUCACAAAAAGAUUCCACUUUCCCAAUCUGAAGUCCAUAUAUCUGAUGUAUUGGAUAAUAUCUGUGAUAGAAUGGCAGAUUAUGUGAGAGCAACAUAUAAAUCAAAUGGUAAAUUAACAAUUUUGAAUCUCAUGACUCCAUCUGGUACUAUGAAUCCUGAAAUGAGUAAGGUUGAUAUUGUCCAGGACGGUGAUUUCAAUAAAAGUUUAAAAUAUUAUUGUGAGGGAGUAGUAGAAGAAUUUGAAGACUCUAUAAUUUCAAUGUUUACCCAAAAAAAGGACAAUAUUAAAAAGCAACUGUGUACAGAUACUGCAAAACUAUGCAAUCCUACGGAUUUUAGUUAUGAAGAUAAUGAAGAUACUGAGCAAGGUGAUGAGAGUGAAGACCAUGAUGAAUUGUAAUAUAGUUAAAGAAAAAUUAUACCUUUAUGUCAAUUUAUUUUUGAUAUUAAAAACUUACUUAAAUAUU